AGCGUGCGUGAACAGGCUAACUGUGACGACGUCGUAUCCGGUAAGAGUGAAGACGUUACCUGUAAAAAAAUAAGGAAGAGGUUAACGAUCUUUAGAAGUUGGGUCAAUAAAAGGAUGUCAUCUCUCUACUUUCUCUUCGUUUAUGGACUACUUUUCGUCAUAAUUGUUUUAGCUGGAUUUUGUUUAGGAUUUUGGAACCCAGAUGUUGAGAGUAGAAACAUCUGAGUUGUUAAGCGUGUUGUAAGGGAACAGGUCUGGAAGACAGUAAGGUCCUGCCUUUUGCCCCAGUAAGCACUCUAAUCAGCUGAUGGAGAAUACGAACAAGGAAGAGUACAAGAUCCACUCUUUUGAUGCAGACACACAGCAAUUACUGAAAACUGCUUUGAAAGAUCCUAGUGGUGUUGACUUGGAAACGGUUGCAAAUUUUAUCAUUGACCAGUCUCUGAAAGACACAGCUUUUUGCAAGGAAGCCGGUCGCAUUUGUUAUACCAUAACACAGGCUGAAACCAAGCAAAAUGGGGCCAAUGUCUUUCGCAGGCACCUGCUAAACAGGCUGCAGCAAGAGUACCAGGAAAGAGAUGAGAUGCGUGCAAGGUCUUUGAAGGAGUGGGUGUGCUUCGUAACCUUUAUUUGCUACAUCUUCGAUUACCUGAAGAUUAACAACAUGCCAAUGAUGGCUUUGGUCAAUCCUGUCUAUGACUGUCUUUUCCGACUUGCUCAAGCAGAUGCACUUGAAAAUGAGGAGGAGGUUGACUGCCUUGUAAUACAACUUCAUCGUAUUGGCGAUCAACUGGAGAGGACGAACAUGCAGAGGAUGGAUGAAUUGUUCUUCCUGUUAAGAGACGGGUUCCUUGUGCAGGAAAAUCUUAGCUCACUUUCCCGCCUACUGCUACUUGAGAUCAUAGAGUUUCGUGCCAGUGGAUGGAAAAUGACGAGCACUGCUCAAAAUUAUUACUACAGUGAAGUGUCUGACUGAUGUCUUAAAACCUAUAUUUGGCAAGAGGCACUGGACUAUUUUUUUUUCCAUUUUUAAGCUUCUGUAUUUAAGGGAUUUUAAUAUGAAAACCACUUAGAGCUUGAGGAAACAGAACCAGCUUGUAGAUGGAACGAACACUACAAUCUCCUUUUAGGUAUUUUUCUCCGAGGAGUGCCUGAUCUUUCUGUCCUUGGUAAAAAAAUAUUUUAAUUCAUUUGCUGAAAAGGUACUAAAAGUUCAUUUAGCAGAUUAGGUGUGAAACCCAUCUAUUAAAAUAAUAAUAAUAAUAAUGUAGAGCUGUAAACCCACUGCCCAUCUGCUUAUUGUUUGGAAUGAACUGUUAAGAGCACCAAAGACUCAUUAUUUUUAGCCAAAUUUACAGACUUUCAAGAUGUUUUACUCUUGUGUCAUCUCAGUGCAGCACUGCGUAUUACUUAAAAGGAGUCAUUCUAUUUAUGUGAUACAUAAAGUAUUCAGAAAACAUUUAUUGAUCUAUCUUAAACCUUUUUUGGGAGAGGUAUGUAUGAUCUAUACCCAACCUGUUUAGGUUAAAAUAACUGUACAGUACUUUUUUUAUACAGAGUAACAGCUGGUCUCUAAUUUAUUCAAAGACAUUGAUAAAACACUUGGUUAUGUUCCAGCCAUGAUACAGUACAUGCAGGGUGUGCAAGCAAAGCAUCCAUGUUAAAUUCACACAGUAUACUUACAAGUGGAGUCUCUUUCUGAUGAAAAGUUUUAAUCUUGGAAUUUCUUGUUAUGUAGUUCAGAUGUAUAUGAACUUGGUCCGUACAGGAAAAAGCAUUUGUCUUACGUAAAGUAUGAAAGAUGUAAAUAUGAAACAAAAUGUUAUUUAAAACUGGUGAAUGUGGGGCAUUCCAGCUAUUUUUAAUAUCUCUGUGGGGAGUGGACAUGUGCUGCCAUAUGACUGAACAAUGUGAUAACUUAUCCCAUUGACAGUCUUGUUGAUGGGGCUGUAACAUAUUACCAUGAAAACAAGAUAGAGGGCUUUUAGAGUCCAGGAAUAACUGAGUAAGCAAGGAAGCCAUAGUCUGCAUUUAUGUGAGGCCCAUUUUGGAGUGCCAUUUGAAUGGUUAUAUAGUCUGCAUUUAUAAUUUAAUGGUAAUGGCUAGAAUAGCUUUACAUUCACAUAUUGGACAUUUUUCUGGAAAUGCUAUAGGUUUUUGUGGCAAAGCAUUUCUUUCUCUGCUAUAGCUUCUUUACUGGAUUUGGUGUAUGGUUAUCAUACAGCAACUGGACUUGUGUGUCCAGUUACAGGGGAUACUAGUAAAUCUCUGCCCUUUGUUGUCAUUUUCCUGGUUGAUUUGGCCCUAACUUCUUGAAUGUAUUGCAUCUGCAUAAUACAGCAUAUUUUAAGCAGUUGCUGACAGCUUUAAUAUUUUAAAUAUUCUUGCUUUUUAUACAUUAUAGGUUACUCC